CUUAAAUUCAAAAUAAAUAUUUCAGCAGUUAAAAGGUAACGUCUUCCAUUGGAGUCCCCAUUAAUGUGCUGCCUUGCUCUCAUUUUGAUUCUGCUGCAUUCCUGCAGCCAUUGUGAAGCUUCUAGAGGUGUUGAUCUAGAAGAUCUGGCUUCCAACAACACAUGGGUGAUCGCCUACAGUUCAAGCUGUAGCACCACCUGCGGACUGGGCAUCCGUACCCAGAGGCUCUGCCCUUUGGGGACUGAUGACAAAGCGAACUCCCCGACAUGCAGAGUUCGUCAGGUCCAGUGUUUGGACAACUGGCAGUGUGGGCUGCAGACACAAACGGCCACCGCAGGACAAUAUCUGGAGCUGGACUGUCUUGAGGAAGUCAUGGAAGCCAUGGGCCGCUUCGCCUUCGUGGUGUCGUGGCGCUUUGCACGAGGGAUCAUCACCACCAAUAAUCGCUUCUUCAUACGGCGUGACGUUCCAGGGCUGGACAGGGUCAUCCUGAAUCCGGUGAAAGAGGAGGACGCUGGGACGUAUCGCUGUGACGUGCUGGACACGUCUUACCACAGGGUGAAGAGAAUGUAUAAAGGACUUAAGGUUUUAUCAGCACGUGUUCUGAGCCUGAACUUCACCAAGGGUUUGACUGAGUGGGAGAAACCCGGAGAGAUUAAUGAACCUGCAGUCACUGGGAAACCGUAUCCAAGCAGCACCGUGCGAAAUGUAGUGCUACUCAGUUUGUCCAUAUCCAUCACCGUGGCUCUGAUUGUCUUCCUCGGUCUGUUUGCUUUUUCUUACUGGAAAAGGUCAACAAGGAAGGACCCAAUUUCCCAUGAGUGUUAAGGAAAUGUUGUUAAGGAGUGUUGAUGACCUCACUAGCCAUUUUGCAUUUCUUCUCUCAAAUGCGCACACAAGCAGAGUAAUGUUCCCUACAAUUUUUAUAUUCCCAUUUCAUCACAACUUAAAAUGUGUAGAAUUACAUUUGAUUAAAUUGCUGAACACGG